AUGAUAUAUCUUACAACUCAGUAUAUUUUAUAAACAUUAUAUAUAAAUAAGAAAUAUUAAUAACUCUAGAUAUAGUAUCUAUUGUCGCUAUCAAGAAAUUUACAAUCUGAAAAUGUAUUAUUGAAUCCAAAUCUAAAUUUCAGAGUGUAGAACGGUUAGAUGAUUUUACAACUUUCUAGAAAAGUUAAAUCAAAGCAAAAAAAUUUUAUAGGAACUUGUAAAAUGUUCUUUGAGUUAGUUUAGACUAUCUCCUUAAAAGUUCAGGAAAGUUAGUCAACAUAUUCAGUGAUCCUCGUUGUUUUUCAUUGUCAAGAUUGUUCCAAAUGUGGAGUAUAUAGAGAAACUAAAAAUGCAAUGACUAUUUGAAAUCAAUUCACAUUGUAGCACUUCAUAUCGUUUUAUGUUUCAUAGUGAUUAGUUUCUCAUCAAUGGGUACUUGCUACUAUAUAUUUUAUGUUUUAAAGUUUAAAUAAUAAGAAAUAUUUAAUAAAUUAUAUAAUUGCACCUUGACAAGUACUUUGACUGAAUUCUUUUGCGCUUUUAAUGGAUAUUUAAUUUUAUAAUAUCCAACAUUAUAUUAGAGAGAGCGAAUAAAAUUAGUUUAUUUCUUUGAGAAAUUGAAUUUGAGCCAUGAUCUCUUAUAUUAUGAAGCAGUAAUCAAUCUAGUAUACAAUAGAAUUUGUUUAUAAUUAAUUUGAAUACUGAUAUGAAAAUAGAAGAUUAAUUCAAAGUUCUAUUUAUUAAUUAGGCUUGUAAGAAGGAAUUUGUUACCAUUGAAAAUAUUCUAAAGAACUAAAAAACUACCUAUUAUACGUUGUAAUGAGUUCAAUAUUUAUUAGAGUAAUCAGAAAAUAAAUUAAGAUCAAGAAUUGCUUUAAAAUAAUCUAAAAGCAUCCGCAGGUUAAUAAAUUGAUAUAAUUGAAAAGCACUAUCUAUUAAAUUAAAUCCUUUAAAUCUUAACAAAAUGAAAUACAAAAAAGGUUCCCAUAAAGUUAACCUACUUUAUGAGUCAUCAUCAUCAUUAAACAAUGAUAUGCGCGUAACUCUAUGUAGCAAUAUAGGUUCCUUAAUGAAUUAUAGGAAGUUUAUCAGCUAAUUAUAACAGGUAUGAUCAAAAUACACUAAUUUUAUUAGUUAGAUCAAUAUAAAGAUAAUGAUUUAACCACAGUUAUCCAUGAUUAAGAAUCCUAUUUGUGUUGUUUAAUCUCUGAUUAUAAGAUAGUUAAUUUAAUUGUCUGAUAUGGGACUAAUCCAUAUAUUCUAGAGAAUAAUACAGUCAUGUAGAAAAUAUUUGGAAAUAUGCUAAACAAAUGUCCAAUUUUAUAAACAAUCGUUAGUGAUUUAUCUGAGUUUGAAUUUGCAUAAUUGA